UCGAAAUGGCAACAUUUCCGCCAAAAUUAAAAGUGGCAUUCGGUGCCAAUGAAAGAUUGCAGAAACUGAAAGAAGCGUUCAAUGAAAAAUACGGAGAGCCUGCUCUUUUUUAUGCUUGUGCCCCAGGAAGAGUAAAUUUGAUAGGAGAGCACAUUGACUACUGUGGCUAUGCUGUGCUUCCCAUGGCAAUCGAGCAAAAUAUUCUUGCUGCUGUGUCAGUGAAUAAGUCUCAGGAAAUCCGCUUGGCUAAUACGGACAAUAAAUAUAAGGAUUACAGGGUGUCUGUUGAAAAUAUUAUCAUAGACAGAGAGAAUCCCCAAUGGCAAUACUACUUCCUUUGUGGGGUAAAAGGGAUACAAGAGCAGCUGAACCUGGCCUCCCUGGUCGGGAUGCAGUGUGUGGUUGAUGGAACUAUCCCUGCGAGCUCUGGCCUGUCAAGUUCAAGUGCUUUGGUGUGCUGUGCAGGUCUUGUCACCAUGGAGGCCAAUCAAAAAUCCCUCUCUAAAGUGGCACUGGCUGAGACAUGUGCCAGAUGUGAGCGCUAUAUUGGCACAGAGGGAGGAGGAAUGGAUCAGUCCAUCUCUUUCCUGGCAGAGAAAGGGACUGCAAAGCUGAUUGAGUUUAAUCCACUGAGGGCCACAGAUGUGAAGCUCCCUGAUGGAGCUGUGUUUGUGAUUGCUAACUGCUGUGUGGAGAUGAACAAGGCAGCCACCUCUCACUUCAACAUCAGAGUAGUGGAAUGUCGCAUUGCCACAAAGAUAUUGGCUAAGUCUCGCGGGUUGGAGUGGUCGAGGCUGCAGAAGCUUGGGGAGUUGCAGACUGAGUUAGGGGUAAGUCUGGAGAAGAUGCUGGAACUAUUAGAGGAGGUUCUCCAUCCCGAGCCAUACAGCAGAGAGGAGAUCUGUAAGACCUUGGGGAUCACCGCAGAGCAGCUGUGUGACAGCAUCCUCAGCGUCAACACACAGCAUGUAACCCAUUUUCAGCUGUACCAACGGGCUAAGCAUGUGUAUGGAGAGGCUGCACGGGUCCUGCAGUUUAAGGGAGUGUGUGAUUCUGAUCCUGCUGAUGCCAUCGUGCAGCUGGGUACCCUAAUGAACGAGAGCCAUGCCAGCUGUAGAGACCUGUAUGAGUGCAGCUGCCCUGAACUGGACCAGCUGGUGGACAUUUGUCUGCAGGCUGGUGCUGUGGGGUCACGGUUAACAGGAGCUGGAUGGGGAGGUUGCACUGUUUCCAUGGUACCCAGUGAAAAGACAGCUUCUUUUCUCCGGACGGUGCGGGAGCAGUUUUAUAUGGUUGAUGCUCAUAGAGCUGCUCUUGAGAAACAGAGCUUGUUUGUGACAAAGCCUGGGGGAGGAGCAACCAUUUUUAUAGAAGGGUGAAGACCUUAUAAGAGCUUAAAAUAUGA